CCUUUUCUUUUCUCUUAACAUAUUUCUUCUAUCUUAUAACAUAUGUUGAAAAAAGGCAGCGGUUUGUGAUAUGAUUGCCCUCAUGGAGGUGAGACAACAAGCACAGAGUAUGUAAUUCUUGUUCCAUGAGCUACUAAACUCCAGAUGCACCAAAAAAAAGCACCUGGUAUCCUUGAUUUGUGCAAAUAAAUCCUGACAAUGAAUGCGAUACCUUACAUAACUGAGAGCCUGUUCUUGGGGAAGGAGGAAGUUUAUGACAUCAUCAAGGCGUAUUUUCCAGAAGAUGAUUUAAGAACAACAGAUUUGGUGGAAUGGAUGGGAAAGGAUGGGUCUUGGGGACCUACAAAGCGUCGGCAAAUGAACAAAGAAAGGAAGCGCGGAAGAUUUUACAAUGUUGUUAAAUUAGAAUUACGUAAUUUUACUUGGGAAGAUAUCAUCAAUGUCCAACAGUAUAGGAAGAAUGCUAGAGCCACCGCUUCCACUAUAUGCCCCAUUGGAUACUGUAGAAAAAGCAAGACCAAGGAACCUAUGGAAGCCAAGGUAAAGUCCAUCGGGUGCUGACUCAAAAGCAAGACCAAGGAACCCAUAGAAGCCAAGAAGCCAAGGUAAAGUCCAUUGGGUACUGUCGCAAAAGCAAGACCAAGGAACCCAUAGAAGCCAAGGUAAAGUCCAUCGGGUGCUGACUCAAAAGCAAGA